AAAAAUAUCGAUGAUGCAAAUUCAAUCGCUCGCCGUUUAUUCUCACGCGGGCCAAAGAUGGCACAUAAACAUUUAAACACAUAAAUUAAUAAUAGCGAGUGUGGAAUGUGUGGGAUGAGCAGAUAGGAAGACAUCCUGUUUGAUAAGAAGAACAUCACACACGGCGAUAGAUAGCAGUUAACAAUUUCCAGUUCCUUUCAAACAGCACCAGCGUGCUGUUAUAUGAUCCUUCGAGUGUUGCGGCCGUUCUGUGUUACAAAACUAUAAUUCAAACAAAAAAAAAAAAAAGUAAAAACAACAUGACGCUUGUUCUCCUGUUGUUUGCCGUCUUGCUUUUGGAUCGGUGUACAGGACAAAUUAUAGAUAUCAGUGGUAUAUGGGAGAUACAAUGCCCGCAGGGAUGUGUUUGCGAGGUCCAAAAGUUUUCCGAUUUGGCGUUGCAUCAAUGGGCUGACGUAAAUAAAGAUAAGAAUCAGGACACAUUUUUCGAGGACGAUAAUAAUAAUUUCAACACAAUCGACGGGAGUCAUCCUAUGGCGCACGAAUUAAUGAAAAUAGCGACCUGCAUAAUUGUCGAAAAUCCCGAAGAACUUCUGGCCAAACUUCCUUCGGACAUACAGUCCCUCACGUUACUCGAAUCGGGCAACGGGGACGUUGACAUUUUUCUUAAGGCUACCACCUUCGAAAGCUUCACCGAAUUGAUAGCACUGGAUAUUCAAGGGAUAGACUACAGCGAUCCUUCUGUGAAAGAAGCAAAGGAUCGAGAGACGGGCGGUGUCGUUCUUUCAUCGGACGCUUUCUUUUCUCUGGGACCGACUUUGUUGUACCUGAAUCUGGAACGAGUUAAAUUAUCCAACUUAAAUUUGCCGAACAAGAACAAGGCGAAUCUGGUGAUCAAGCCAAUGACCGCGCAGGACACCGAAACGUCCGAUGAAAGUGAAUUACCUGCGAGCAAUAACAGUCAACACAAAGGACACAGACUUAUAUUUUUGAGUCAGCAAAACAAUGAGGAUAAGGAGAUAUUGCCGUACGAUCUGUACAAGCAGGAACUUGAAGGCUACAGAGAAAACGUUGAACUGUUUGCGACGCUUAGCGUGCUCACGCAUUUGAGAGUGUACAACUGCGCUCUGAAAGACAUAUCCUGGCACAUGUUCGACGGUCUCAACAGUCUUCUUUAUCUCUCGUUGGAGAAAAACAGUUUAAAAUUUAUUCCCGAAUUUUGUUUUUACGGCACACCGAAUUUAAGAUCCUUGUCGCUAGCGGGUAACGAACUGUUAACGCUGAAGAGCGUGGACCUAGCGGGAUUGCUCGUGCUCGAACAUCUGAAUCUAAGAGAAAACAACUUAACAUUUUUGUCGGAAUUGUCGUUCCCGCCCUUUCCGUCGCUCGUAAGCGCCGAUUUCACCGACAAUCCUCUGGAUUCCAUUUUUCCGAGUACUUUCGAGAUAAUGAAUACGACGAUAAAAUUGUAUCUCGGAGGUACCGCAGCGAAAUUGAAAUUACAGAAGAACUCGUUGCUGGGUCUACGACGAGCCGAGAUAUUACAUUUGUACAAUUUGGAAAUUCUCGUGUUGGAACGUUUCAUUCUUCAAGGACUACCAGCGCUCACGCAUCUAAAGAUGCGAGGAAACAUCACGAACAUAGAUUUCGACGCGUUUGUCGAUCUCGCGAAUCUGAUGGAUUUAGAUCUGAGUCACUGUCACAUACGAAAGAUUUCGAUGGAUGCUUUUUACGGUUUGGAAAAAAUCAGAAGAAUCGACUUGUCGAACAACGAUCUCGAAUUUAUUCCGCCGGGUUUGGUCACCGCCCAACAACAGAAGGAGUUGAAAGAAUUAAUACUCACAAACAACAAAUUAAGCGCGCUACCAUUGGACUUUUUCAAAAGUCUGAAGUUGCCGAAUAAACAAAUGCAGGUGCAGAAUGUGAGAUUGGAUGACAAUCCUUGGGACUGCACGUGUCUCAUGAUCAGCUGGAAUCCCAGUCUGGUGAGCAAAAAUAAGGAAACAGCUCCGCGAUGUUCGACGCCGAAAAGAUUGCAGAAUUGGGGAGUAUUUCACGCAUUGCGCAAAGGCAAUUUACAAUGCAGACGUCCGAAGAAACGGUAUCUCGCAAAGAUUUUGAAGACGCAAAACUCUGAGGAGGAUAACAGCAUCAGUUAGCCGAAAUCUCGUUUCUUUCUCAAAUUGUAUACUUGCGUUAAUAAAUACAGAAACGAAAAAUAUAUAUUACAACAUUUGAUAAUAAGAAAUAAUGUGACGCACA